UUCCUACCAGUUACCAGUUAUCACCCUCCUUCAUUCUCUCUCUGACCUUUCUUUCUUCCCUGUCUUCUCCUUUCUGACUCUGCAGAGUCUCCGUCUGCAGAGUAAGAGACCGGAGAAGAUAGAAACGCAGAGAAAACCCUAAAACGCGUUCCUAAGUCCUUCUAUGGAGGAUUAUUCUCAUGCUUUCCACAGAAACCAAGCCUCUGCAACCGUCUCGAAGAAAAUCUCCCAUGGAAAUGGCUUCCCCCCGAAAACUGUUUAUGACGAUGUUUUUGGUGGUCCCCCUAAGUUUGGAGUCCCGACUUUCUCGUCUAGGAUUGAAGAUUACACUGAGAUAUUCGGUAGCUUUCGUUCCUCACGUGGUUCCUCCAUUCCAGUUUUAGAUCUCCCUGUUCCCGACUCGGACGACGUUUCUGUUGAUUUCCGCGCCUUUAAGUUUGAUUACUCUGAAGUAUUUGGCGGUUUGAAUGGUGAUGAUUUCUUCGAUUCUCACGAGGAGCUUUUUGGCGAGUCGAAAGGAGGAGAGAGCUCCUCUGAGGAAGCCUGGACUCCGGCUGGGAGAGGUUCUCCUUCAGAAGGCUCCAGUGUUGAUACUUUGGCUUAUUCAGAAAAAAACCAUUUUUUGUCAGAUAGAGUAGCUGAUCACAAAUUUGGUGGUGUGAAGCAAUUUGAUGUUUCAAAUCAUGAGACUGCACAAAGAAGUGAAGAAGAUCGGACAAAUGGUACAACACACACUGCCCAACACCAAGCUGUUCCUGGGGUUAUGUUUGUGGUUGAUGGAAGCACUCUUCCACAAAAGACUGAAGUUGUCAAUACGUUACCCCCAGGAGUUAAUGAUGGUGAUGGAAAUAUGGAUUCCAAGGGAGGCACAGCGGAAGGAAAAAAAUUUAAGAAAACCACGUCACUCCCUCCCAUGUACAAUUCCAUCACAAGUUCUUCUGGAAGUGAUUUCAAACUUUCAAAUCAUGAGACUGUGCAAAGAAGUGAAGAAGAUGGGACAAAUGGUACAACACACAGUGCCCAACACCAAGCUGUUCCAGGGGUUAUGUUUGUGGUUGAUGGAAGCACUCUUCCACAAAAGACUGAAGUUGUCAAUACGUCACCUCUGGGAGUUAAUGAUGUUGGUGGAAAUAUGGAUUCCAAUGGAGGCACAAUGGAAGCAAAAAAUUUAAAGAAAACCACGUCCCUCCCUCCCAUGUACAGUUCCAUCACAAGGUCUUCUGGAAAUGAUUUUAAACUUCAGAACAGAUCUCAGGGGAAUGGUUCCAAUUCUAAUGAUAUGUUUGUAUCUGUAUCUGAAAUAAGUCUUCGGACGCAGCCCUCUCAAGUGCCGCCACCGAUGAGACCACCACCAAAAUUAUUAAUCAAACAGGGAAAUUCUAAGAUAGCUUCUGAAAAGUAUGGUCUGGAGGGUGCUACAGGUGACAACUCACCACCCUUCUUUGAUGUGGAGGUAGAUGCAAGUUCAUCUGCUGCAGCAUCAGCAGCUGCUAUGAAAGAAGCAAUGGACAAGGCCCAAGCCAGACUAAAAAGUGCAAAAGAAUCAAUGGAAAGGAAAAGGGAGGGCCUUCAAAGCCGGUUGAAGUUGGGAUUGAAGGAUGAGUUGAAUGGUAGGGCCAGAAAAGAGGAUAUUAAAGCUACUCAUGAAACCUUCAGAUUUAGAGGAGAUGUAUCUCAGGAGACAUCUGAAAGAGAGAAUGUUGGAAUGAACGGGUUUGGAAGGCAGGAAGGGCAGCAUGAUACUAGGACAGCUCAGGUAGCCCCUGAUUUUGAAGGGAAGGAAAAGCAGCUAAAUGUAGGUAAAGAAUUUGUGGAACCAAAAGUUAUGAAGAAACCUAUAUCUGCCCAGGAGUCUCAUAUUCACAAAGAAGCAGUAGAGUGGAAGGUAGAGAAACAAUUCUAUGAACUUGCAAAAACAGGUAAGUUGAAGGCAACUCCUGAAGUCCUUGAGCAGGCCAAAAUUGAGAAAAAAUUAAUGUCACCAACAAUAACCCAGAAACAUGAAGAAAGUGAGAUGGUAGCAAAACAAGUCUUUGAAGAGGGAGAAGAAAAUGUUAAGAUAUCAAAAGCAUCUAAAGAGGCUUGUGAACAGGGAAAUGUUAGGAAAUUAGAAACAGCUAAAGAGGCACAUGAAGUGAAAAAAAAGGAGAAGAAAUUGAAGGUGGUGGCACAAGAGAUGAGUCAGAAUGAAGAAAAUGAGAAGAAGCUAAAAUUGGCCCAAGAGAUUUCCAAACAUGAAAAAGAUGAGAAGAAAUUAAAAGUGGCCUGUGCAUUGGAAGGACAUGGGAAGAAGCUAGAAGAGGCUCAUGAACAGAAAGAAAAUGAGAAGAAACUAAAAGAGGCUUGUGAAUGGGAAGAAAUUGAGAAGAGACAAAGAGAGGCCUCUUGGAGGGAAGUAAGUGAGGGAAGAUUGAAAGAUGCUGAUGUACAGGAAGAAAAUGGGGAGAAGCUAAAAGAGUCUUGCAAUAUAGAAGAAAAUGCAGCAGCAGCAGCUAAAGAGGGUGAACUGAAAAAACCGGAGAAGAAACUUAAGGCGGCACAAGAGAUGAGAGAGAAUGAAGAAAAUGAGAAGAAAUUAAAAUUGGCACAAGAGAAUUCCAAGCAUGAAGAAGAUGAGAAGAAAUUAAAAGUGGUCUGUACGUUGGAAGGACAUGGGAUGAAGCUAGAAGAGGCUCAUGAACAGAAAGAAAAUGAGGAGAAACUAAAAGUGGCUUGUGAAUGGAAAGAAACUGAGAAGAGACGAAGAGAGGCCUCUAGGAGGGAAGUAAGUGAGGGAAGAUUUAAAAAUGCUGAUGUACAGGAAGAAAAUGGGAAGAAGAUAAAAGAGUCUUGCAAUAUAGAAGAAAAGGAGAAGAGAUUGAAAGAUUCUUCCGAGCAGGAAGAAAGUGAGAAGAAACUAAAAGAGGCUUGUGAUGGGAGAAGACUACAAGCAGUUCAUGAGAAGGAAGAAAAUGAUAAGAGGCAAAAAGAGGUUUGUGAGGGUGAAGAAAAUGAGAAACGGUUGAAAGAAGCUUGUGAGAAGGAAGAGAACGAGAACAGAAUACAAGAGGCUCAUGAGCGUGAGGAAAAUGAAAAGAGACUAAAACAAGCCUUUGAGCGGGAAGAAAAUGAGAGGAGACUAAAAGAGGCUCAUAAGCAGAAAGAAAGUGAAGAUAGACUAAAGGAGGUGUGUAAGAUGGUAGAAAAUAAGACGCAGCUAAAAGAGGUUUUUGAGCUUGUAGAAAAUCAGGGAGAGAGAAAGGCUAAUGAGGAGGAAAAAUAUGAAAAUGGACAAAAACAGUCUUGUGAAGGGGAAGAAAAUGAGAAUAAAGUAAAAGCAGACCAAGAGGCUCAUGAUCUCAAAGUUGACAAGAUUCUUAUGACAGCUAGUACGUCAUGCGGGCCUGUUAACAUUAAUAAUUCUGAAGCAAAUCAAGAAGGCCUCAAGCAUGAAGAAAACAAUGGGAAGCUGAAAUUGGCUCGGGAAGCAAUUGAGCAUGAAGGGAGGGGUAGGAUGAUUGAAGCAGCUAAAGAAGUCUGUGAAUCUGAAGGGAGUGGGAAGGAAUUGACAAUAGCCAGAGCAAGAAAUGGAGAACAUGAAAGUGGGAGAUCUAGACCUGCCAAUGUGGCUCAAUGUGCCCCUGAACAAGACAGGUGUGAACAGAUCAAAGUAUCCAUGGAGUGCCUCUCAUUAGAUGAACUAGAGAAUAAAUUAGGAGAAUCUGAAAUUGGAAUUGAUCUGGAGCAAAAUGAAAAGAACAAUAGAACAUUACCAGUGGCUUGUGACCAGGAAAGCCUUGGUAAGUCUCAAGUUGCCUUUGAUCAGGAAGGUUACAAGGAGAAGAAUGAAGCAGCUCAAGGGGUGAAAAAUUGGGUUGAAAAUGAGAAGAAAACUGGAUUGGCUCGUCCUGCUAUGUGCUUCGAAGAGAAGGGGAACAUGCCGAAGGUAGCUCAGCAGGUUAGCAAGGGCCAAAAUACAGAAAGAAAAGAGAGGAAUUACCAUGAAAUAAGUUCCAAUGUAGAGAGAGAAAAAGAAGCAAGGUUGCAAAGAGAAAGAGAACAGGAAGAGGCGCGUCUGAGAAAAAUAGAAGAAGAGAAAGAUAGGGAAAGGGAAAGAGAAAAAGAUAGGAUGGCUGUUGAAAGAGCAACCCGUGAAGCUCGUGAAAGGGCAUUUGCUGAAGCCCGUGAACGGGCAGAAAGAGCUGCUGUGGAGAGAGCAACUGCUGAAGCACGUCAAAGAGCAAUGGCAGAAGCCCGAGAAAAACUAGAGAAGGCUUCUGCAGAGGCUAGGGAGAAAUCAUUGGCUGAGAAAGCUUUUAUGGAAGUCAGACUGAGGGCAGAGCGUGCUGCAGUGGAAAGAGCGACUGCUGAGGCUCGGGAGCGUGCUGCAGGAAAAGCAGCUUUGGAGGCAAGAGAACGUGCAGAAAGAUCUGUAGCUGAUAGAUUCUCCACGACAAAUUCCAGAGACAGUGGAAUGAGGCGGAGCUCUUCUUUAUAUGAAUUCCGAGACCCACAUCUUCAAAGCUCAGGCUCGGAUGGUAGUUUAAGACGUACAAAUUCUUCAGUUCAUGGUGCCUCCUGUACUUCUGUUAAGUUUCAAGGAACAGAAGGUGAAUCAGCUCAGAGGUGUAAAGCUAGGUUGGAGAGGCAUCAACGAACUUUUGAACGCGCGGCAAAAGCUCUUGCAGAGAAGAACAUGCGUGAUCUUCUUGCACAGAGAGAACAAGCAGAGAGAAAUAGACUAGCAGAAACUUUGGAUGCUGAGGUCAGAAGGUGGUCUAGUGGGAAAGAAGGGAAUUUGCGUGCAUUGCUUUCGACAUUACAAUAUGUCCUUGGGCCUGAUAGUGGUUGGCAGCCAAUUCCUUUGACAGAAGUUAUAACAGCUGUUGCUGUAAAGAAAGCGUAUAGAAAAGCCACCCUUUGUGUUCAUCCUGAUAAGUUGCAGCAAAGGGGUGCAAGCAUUCAACAGAAGUACAUAUGUGAGAAAGUUUUCGAUCUUUUAAAGGAGGCUUGGAACAAAUUCAACUCAGAGGAGAGAUAGCCUUUUUCCUUCAGCAACCUUUGUUGAAGCAUGCACGAUAGGAAAUAAUGUGAAGUUUGUAAUUUUGUACCAAGUAAAUUAUGUCAUCGGAAAAAAAAAAUGUCUUGGAUCUUUGUAAGCAUUCUUUCAACCACUUGCAAAUGUAAUGGAAUUCAGAACCUGGCAUUGUAUAGGCAUUAGGGAAUUAGAAAAAUACCAUUCCAUAUUACAAUUGAAA